UUCCAGAGUACCCUGGGUCCCCUCCAUCUGCCCCUACAAGAGCUGCACCCGUAAAUCCCCAGAUGCCAACCACCAAGACUGCUGCACCCACUACUGCAGACCCUCUCAAUUCUGAGUCAGUGGAGCUGCCUCUGUACCCUGGGUUCCCCGGCUCCCCUCCAUACCCCCAGGUUCCAGGGUCCCCCGGCUACCCUCCUUACCCCCAACUUCCAGGCUCCCCUCCAUACCCCCAGCUUCCAGGGUCCCCCGGCUCCCCUCCAUACCCUCAGCUUCCAGGGUCCCCCGGCUCCCCUCCAUACCCUCAGGUUACAGGGUCCCCUGGCUCCCCUCCUUACCCCCAACUUCCAGGCUCCCCUCCAUACCCCCAGCUUCCAGGGUCCCCCGAUGCCAACCACUGA